AUGAGUCACGUAGUCACCAUCGAGGAGCCCCAGGCCAAGCCGCUGGUGUCUCGACCCCAGUGCGGCGAGAGGUGGGGGGCCGGGGGCAAGGUCUCCUCUAGUCGAGCGUACGAUUUCCUGUACGAUCCAUUGUUUAUUGUGUCAAGUGAGAAAGACCACACACAAGCACAAAUCCAAGCCACCCUGAUUCGGAGUAGACUGAGAAAAGUUCCUGGAUUUAGAACCAUGUUCAGUGACCUGAUCCAUUAUCCAAGAUAUUCUGUAUAUUGGAGCAAGUCCGAUCCUGUCCCACCAUUCAUCAGUCGGGAAUGGAGGGGACAUGAGGAAAAACACAAAGAAGCCCUCUGGCAGCUUGCCAGAACUGACACUUCUUUUCAGAUGCCUAAAGAAGUUUAUGAAGAUCCUGAAAUUACUGGAAGGAAUCGCUAUAAAUACUUUGAAAGGCCUUUCCUUCCAUUUAUUCAACAGAUGCCAUUCAGUGUUGUUUAUGCACCAACCAAGACAGAACCAUAUACUCUUCCUCCCACUUCUACUAAGUAUGCACCCAUCCCUUCGAAGUCUACUGUGAGCACUCAGACUGAUUAUCGGGAUGCUGAUGUUCAAACAGAUCCGUACACUCCAGAAUAUGUGAUAUGUCAGGACUCAAUUCCUGAGCUCUUGACCCUGGCUACUCUUACAUGGGGUGAGUUGGUAAUUCUCUUGAAUAUUUGGACAGUUAGAGAUUCUGGUUCAGAAAUAUCUGGGCUGGAGGUACAGAUUUUGAAGUCAUCUGAGAUUCGCCUGGAAGUUCUAAAAGAACUGCUGAGGAAGCGUGAAGAGAAUCAAAAGGAAGUGAACAUGGAGCGCUUGAACGCCCAGUGGUCUAAACUGCAGGAAGCAAAAGAGGCGAAAGUAGCUGAGAUCCAGCGCACACACGUGUCAACAAUCAGAAAGCUUGUAGGAAAGGGAAAGAAUGUAGAAGGGAAGUUGGAGAGAAGAAAUAUCAUCAAGGAUUAUUCUGAUUAUGCAUCACAGGUCUACGGACCUCUAUCUCGUCUUGGUCGUUUCCCAGACAACAACUCAGAAGAUUUUGUAGUAAAAAACCACUAUCUCAACACCUAUGAAGGAUUAGUCGAACUUGAGUCAUGUCUCCCAGAUUUUGUGACACAACCCCGAAUCAGACCUCCAAAGCCAAAAGUCAUUACCACCAAAGCUGGCUUUCUGAAGAGGGAAGCAAGGAUGGACUAUGAGUUGGCAGAAGUUCAUAAGGAAGAAGAAGAAAUAGAAAUGGCUGUGAUCUACCUUCAAAAGUUACUUCGGGGCAGAGUUGUUCAGAACAUGAUGUUUGAAGGGAAAGAAAAGAGAUUGGAGUUGAUCCAGGAGUUGCGUACCAGCCACGCACUGCAAGAAGAUGAAAAGCUGGUGAGAGAAGCCAACAAGCAAGUGACCCUGGCCUUACAGCGGCAGAGGAACUUGCAUCAGCAUAAGGUGUCACUAGUGGAAAACCAUCUGGCUGGACUGGCGGGAAGGACGCUGGCAGACAUGUUUGACUUCCUGUCUAAAGAGCUGGUGAGGCUGCAGGAGGAGAGGAGGGUCCACGCCUUUGCCAUGCUGGCCGAGCGCCAGCGGCGGAUGCGAGAGGCCGAAGAGAGUGGCCGGCGCCAGGUGGAGCAGAGACGCCAGCGGGAGGAGGACCAGAUCUUUAAGGAGGUGAUUAAAGUUCACCAAAGUACUGUAACCUCCUAUCUAGAAGACAUAAUACUGAACACUGAAGAGAGUACUGCAGAAGAGCAAGCCCGAGCAGAAAUUGAGAAGAUGGCUGAGGAAAUCAAUGACGUUGCUUAUGAAAUGGAAAGCCGCCGAACAUAUCUUCAGUCAGAGGAGAUUGUUGCCGAGUUGGUUUAUAGUUUUCUGAUCCCAGAGGUGGAAAAAGAUUUUGUCAAAGAAAAAGUGAGGAACGCACAGCGGAAACAUAUUCUUGCAGCCCAUCAGAUCAUCCACAAGCACACAGAAACCAUGGUCCAAAAGAUAUCCACUGAGCAACAGCAAGAUAAGGUCUCAGAUGCUGACGAGUCACUCAAGGAAGAAACUGAAAAUGAAAACAGCUAAGAUUGUGAUUUUUUUUAAAAAGAAGCCGUACAAAUUAUCAUAAAGAUUCCAGUAGUCUAUGCUUCUCCUAAGGUGUGCAGCUUCCCUGAGCUUGUCAAUGAUUCACGAGGAAAGAGAUUUAUUUUCCUAAAACUCGCAGUAAUUUAAGAUGAUUUUCAGUAAUAACAAUCAAAUGAAAGAGCUUUAUUAUCUUUGGUGUUAGAUUUUCUGCUUCAAGAGAAAAUUUUCUUAUGUCAUUUCAACAUUUUCUUAACUAUGAGGAUAUCAUAGUAUGCUGGUUUGUUGAAUCAAAUAAAAAGAAAUGUUACUGAGUA